AUGAACAAUCUCGCCGCUGUUCUUUUCGGCCUUUGCUGCAAGGAUUUGAAGCGCCGAUCGAGCUCGCGCGCUCGGACCUCCCCUCUCCUCUCUCCCUUGUGAGUCUUAGCUGUGCUCCCACAUACGCGGGGUCACAGGUGGUCACUCGCGCUGCACGUCCACUCGGGGUCUUCAGUGCAUCGUUGAUUCUCUUCACCAGUCUCUGCCGCUGCGUUCCAGCACUUGCUGGGACAGGUGUGUUCUUCACUCCGAAGAGUACCUCGCAGUUGGCGAAGCCUCUGACCGAGUUUUCAAUCACGCCGCUCUUCCACAAGAUCAGGGGCAAAGUCAACUCCGACGGCGGAGUUCCCAUCAAUAAGGACGUGACGCCGGCUUUGACGCGCAAGUGGCAGUGUUGUUCCUCGGGGUUCCACUCUCGAUUUCACUUCCCCCAGCAUCACCCGAGGGUGCCUGGCCGACGUCAACCUUGUGAUCUAUCAUACCGAUGCGUGCCUGCGGAAUGCCGAGGACACAGGCGCAGAGGUCGGGUUUUGGCUCGUCUCGACCGGGGGUGCACGUCACCACUUCUAUUGCCGCCCCGACACACCUACCAGAGGAUCCAGUUUGCAGAGUUGUUGGCGGUCGUCCGACUGAACCUUUGACAUCGCUACGGAUCCGGCUCUCGGCUAGGGUCCGUUUCGCCUGUGAUUACGCCAGUGGAGCCUGUUCCUCUCGUACUGCCGCUAUCCUCGCUGCCGACCAUCGUAUCGCUAUGUCGGUGUCUACUAGCAAUAUUGUUCACUCGACUGUCCAUCAGACCCUUUCGAACCUGACACACUGCUUCGAGCCGAUCAGGGGGGGACGAGUGGACCUAGAUCCGCUCCUCACGCCCCGUCAGGCUGGUGAUCAUAGGAGGCCUCAAGAUUUGGAGGUGGGCCGCCAAGCGAGCUACGCCGCUGCCCUUCAGUCCGGUCGACUACGCUCUCGACGCAGGGUUAUCUGUUCAGCUAUCUCGUAUGACAUGACCACCUGCUCUUCCUCGCCAUGGUCGCCCUUGUCUUCGGUGCGUGCGCUCGAGGUGCCGAGCUCUGGGUAUCCAGCACGGCUGCGUACCAGGAUCACGACAAGCCCCUCUGCCCCCCGACAAGGGUCAAGAUCGACGAGUAUUCUGUCAUUGUGCAUCUACCUUGCCACAAGGCCGACCGCCGGUUGGUAAGGCUCUCACUUCAUUGUCGUCCGACAAGCGAUGAGCACCUCAUUCUUGGACAUCCUCCGGAGGGUCAUCGCCGCACGAGAUCAACGACUCCCGCACGCUGUCUAGCUACUCUUUACGAGGAAUGGCCACCAUCCCACCCUGA